AUUCCCCAGGAAGAAGGGAUUAGGUAUAUCGAGGAAGCACUAUUGGAUACCACGAUUGAUACCCAGUUGGUAUACUUUUUGUUGGAUUGCUUGACAAUGGUGUUGUGUAAAAACUAUUUCAGAUUUGGAGGGGAGUACUAUUGGCAGAGACAGGGGACCUCGAUGGGUGCCCCGGUCGCCCCCUCUUUUGCCAAUUUGUUUGUUCGCAGAUUAGAGGAGAAAUUCUUCCUGAGACACAGGUUAAGUGAACAUAUCAUAUUAUAUCUUAGAUAUGUGGAUGAUAUCCUGAUACUAUGGAAUGGGACCAUGGAUGCAUUAAAUGAGAUGGUUAAUGAAGCAAAUGGGUCACACGAGACUAUACAGUUUACGGUUGAAAUGUCCGAUAAGGAGUUACACUUCCUAGAUGUUCAACUCACUAUUCGUAAUGGGGCGAUUAGCACUAACUUGUAUAGAAAAGGAACAGAUAGAAAUAACUUACUCCAUGCCCAGAGUUUUCAUAACCCAAGUACCGUUAAAGCAAUCCCUAAGGGUCAGUUUUUAAGGGCCAAAAGGAUUGCCUCUACAGAUGAUGAUUAUAGAAGGGCUGGCCAGUCCUUAAGUGAGCGGUUUGUACAAAGGGGAUAUGAGUCUAAGCAUGUCAAAAAAGUAAUGGAGGAAGUAAAGUCUAUACCAAGGAAACAGAUGUUCCUGGGAAUACAGAAGAAAGGUACCUUUCCGUGCUUGAAUUGUGUCUGUUGCGCCUCGAUAAUAAAAGGGUCAAGCAUUAAUCAUCCCACUAAAGGCAAUAAACUAAAUUUGAAUGACUAUGCCACAUGUGAAUCGAAAGGGGUCAUAUACAUGUUGAAGUGCCCAUGUGGCCUAGUCUAUGUGGGGCAAACAAUUAGAAAUGUAAAAACCAGGAUUAAAGAGCAUAAAGGGGACAUAAGGAAUUAUAAACCAGGAUCUCAGACAGAUACGACUGUAGCCCGACAUUUUAAUGAGGCAAAACAUAGACACGGGCAAUUGAAAUGGGUGGUCCUCGAAGUAGUACAACCAUUAAGUCGAGGUGGUAACUUUAAGCAAAAGAUGCUACAACGUGAAGCCAAAUGGAUUUCUAAAUUGAAUUCACUAGCCCCAGUUGGGCUUAAUGAUGCCUGGAGUUUGAAAUGCUUUUUAUAAGAAUUGUUAUAUUUACUCUUAUUUAUUUCAGAUAUUAAGUGAUGCCUAUCCUCUCAGCUGGGGGUAAGAGUGUAUCUGAAGAUAUGGAACCUUGGCACUUGGACACUACAUGUACACUGGAGAUCACUGGGACUUUUAAACGUUUUAUACGUUCUAUGUUUUCUACCUAUUUUACACUUUUACUCUGGACUAAUGAGUUAAUUGGUGGGAGGAGGAGCACUGUUUGGCAAUUAAGGCUAUAAGAUGUGGUUUGAUCAUGUGAUUGUUACACUUGAGAAAGGGUCCAUGUGACUCGAAACAUGUCGUGUGUACAAUAAAGCACUAACGCAGCAGA